AGCGGUUCUCCUCAGGUUAUUUUGGGGAUCAGCUGUUGCUCUUCUUGUCAGCAGGACCCUCCUCUUCCUCCUCUGACCUUCCUCUGCCUGCAGAACUUCACCUCCUCUCCUUCGCCACCCGGAUCCUGUGACCGAGGAUGGAGACGUCAGUGGAAGCAGCCGAGCUGUUGGCGCCGUCGCCCCUGGAAACCGGGAGUUUGGACGGAGACUCCGCCUCCUCGGCGACCUUUGACCCAAUGGAGGAGUUCAGCCGGCGGCUGCAGGACAUCCUGAGGACGCACGGCUCGGCCGAACCGGUCGCUACGGACAACGAGACGGAAAAGACCCCAGAGGAGGUCAAAGGUCACAUGGAGACAGACGUGUCCCUCAUCCGGCAGCGCCUGAGCAACCUGCCGUCCGCAGAGGACCGACUGGAGGAACUGGUGCAGCAGUUCGCUGAACUGGCGGCGCUGUGGCGCGGCGAGCAACAGAAGAAGAGCGCGCUGCAUCAGAAACUCUGCCACCUGCUGGAGGAACGGCGCUGCAGCAUGGCGGCGCGCGGCCAGCUGGAGGCGCUGUGCAGAGACCUGCAGGCUCAUUACGGCGCGCUGCGGGAGGAGACGCUGCGGCGCAGCAGGGAGGACGAGGAGAAGCGGAGCGACAUCACCAACCACUUCCAGGAGACGCUGACGGAGAUCCAGGCUCAGAUCGAGCUGCACAGCGGCCGCAACGACAAGCUGCGGCAGGAGAACGCCAACCUGACCGACAAGCUGGAGGGCCUCAUGAGUCAGUACGAGCGCCGGGAGGAGAGUUUGGAGAAGAUCAACAAACAUCACGACCUGCAGCACAAACUGACGGAGGCCAAACUGCAGCAGGCCAACGCGCUGCUGGCCGAGGCUGAAGACAAACACAAACGGGAGAAAGAAUAUUUGCUUAGAGAAGCUAUUGACAAAACAAAGAAAUGCUUCGCUAUGAAGGAGCAGGAGCUGGCCAUGAAGAAGAAGCUGGCGCUCUACGCUCAGAAGUUCGACGAGUUUCAGGCAACGCUGGCCAAGAGCAAUGAGAUCUAUGUCCGCUUCAAACAGGAGAUGGACAACAUGACUGAGAAGAUGAAGAAGGUGGAGAAGGAGGCAAACCUUUGGAAGACCAGGUUUGAGAACUGCAACAAGACGCUGAUCGACAUGAUUGAGGAGAGAACAGAGAAAGGCAGAGAGUACAACCUGUUUGUCCUGAAGAUCCAGAAGUUGGAGAAGCUCUGCCGUGCUCUGCAGGAGGAGAGGAAAGGGCUCUACGACAAGAUCCGAGAGGUCCGCCAGUCCAGCGCCGGCCUCCCGUCCAAACUAGCCAACUUCACAGAGAACGCUGGAGUUCCUGAAGACGCUGGCAUGCCGGACCUGGAGGGGCUCCAGGAGCUCCAGCAGGACGACCCGGUUCUGACGGAGAACAUCGUCCGGCUGCGGCAGGAGCAGGCCAAGCUGCAGGAGUUCGCCGCCGCCCUGCUGGCCGCGCCGGGCGAUAACGAGGAGCAGGAAGAGAAAAAGGAGCUGGGCGACGAAGACGAUAUCAUCGUCUCCGCCAUCGCUCAGUUCCAAACCAGAACCAACAUCAAGGAAGGUCUGGCUUCAGCGCCUGGUCAGGCAGAAGGCAGAGAAGAGAAGGCUGAAGAUCCACCUGUGGUUCUGCUGAAGGGUCAAGAACCACAGGGAACCAGGUCAGAACCAACCGACUCAGUGGCACCUCCAGAGGUGGAGCAGAGUCCGACACAAGUCAGAGAGGAUGUCCAACAGUCAGCAACCUCAGAACCAGGCAAGGCGGAUCCAGAACCAGCCAGGGCAGAUCCAGAACCAGCCAAGGAAGAUCCAGAACCAGGCAGGGCAGAUACAGAACCAGCCAGGGCAGAUCCAGAACCAGCCAAGGGAGAUCCAGAACCAGCCAGGGCAGAUCCAGAACCAGGCAGGGCAGAUCCAGAACCAGGCAGGGCAGAUCCAGAACCAGGCAUUGCGGAUCCAGAACCAGGCAUUGCGGAUCCAGAACCAGGCAGGGCAGAUCCAGAACCAGGCAGGGCAGAUCCAGAACCAGCCAAGGGAGAUCCAGAACCAGGCAGGGCGGAUCCAGAACCAGGCAGGAUGGAUCCAGAACCAGGCAGGGGGGAUCCAGAACCAGGCAGGGUGGAUCCAGAACCAGCCAGGGCGGAUCCAGAACCAGCCAGGGGACAUCCAGAACCAGCCAGGGCAGAUCCAGAACCAGGCAGGGUGGAUCCAGAACCAGAAGCUUUAGAAACAGAACGUCUGAAGGAGACCCGUUUUUUGAAACCAGUCCUCCCAGUGGAAGAGAUUCUGGUCCAGCAGUUGCCCAGUGGGCCAGAACCAGGAGAGUCCAGUAAACCGUCUGAUGGGUCAACCAAAGCAGCCGGCGGGAAGCAAAUCCCCAAGAAGAAGAAGAAGAGGAACAGCAAGAGCACCAGCUGAACCUCCAGCUGUGUGUGUGUGUGUGUGUUUGUGCGUUUGUUUCUAAUACCUUGUGGGGACCAUUUUCCUGACACUACGUUGUGGGGACUGAAGCCUGGGCCCCAUAAGGGGAAUCCUGUUUAUGGGUCAGGGGUCAGAUUUAGGACUAAGGUGUGAAUUGAGUUUUGGUUGGUUAGCGUUAGGUAUGUAACGGUUAGGGUAAGGAUAAGGAUUAGGUGGUAGAAAUGAAUGGAAGUCAAUGGAAAGUCCCCACAAAGAUAUUCAUGCAAACAUGUGUGUGUGUGUGUGUGUGUUUGUAAAGGUCAGCUGUCCAAAUGAAGAUGUAGCUUGACCGGCUGGAGGAGAUGCCUCACUAACUUCUACAUUUACUGCACGUUUAGUGAAUCUAAAACCAGAGUUGGUAUCCAUGGCAACCACAAUCAAUAAAGUGAUUUUUUUUUUUUUUU